AUGCGAACCUUGUCUUUUAUCGCCUGUGCGAAUAGACGUCUUACAUCUGGUCAGCUUCAGCAUGCUCUCGCUAUUGAGGAAGGCCUAUCUGAGCUGGAUACUGAGAAUAUCACAGAUAUCGGACUCAUAGUCUCUGUAUACGCUGGCCUGGUUAUUGUUGAUAAGAACAUUGAUAUUAUCCGCUUGGUCCACUACACCAUACAAGAAUAUUUCGAGCGCACUUGGCAGUCCUGGUUUCCCAAUGUCCAUACCGAUAUGGCGAAGGCAUGCACUACUUACCUGUUGUUCAAGGAUUUUGAAACCGGUUUUUGCUCGACAAUUGAGUCUCUAAGAGAGAGACUACAGUUAUAUGUUCUCUAUGACUAUGCAUCAAAGAACUGGGGAUACCACGCCAUGGUGUCCACAAUUGAAGGAGAAAGAUUGGUUUUAGACCUCCUGCAGAGCACUGGCAAAUAUCGGCAUGCACCCAAGCUAUGGUGUAUGCAUCUCACAGCUCACUUCGGACUUUGGAGGUCCGCAUCAGUCUUGCUCGAGAGCAAUGCAGAGAUUGACCCAAAGGAUGCUAAGGGAGAACCCCCGUUGAUAUGGGCAGUUAAGAAAGGUCAUGUGGAGGUGGUACACUUACUACUGAAGAAUGGUGCCGAUGUUGAGGCAAAGGAUGAGAGUCGCAGGACCAGUCUCUCAUGGGCAGCUGAAAUUGGACAUAACGAGAUUUUGAACCUACUCCUUGCAACGGAUCGGGUAGAUGGUAAUUCUCAAGAUAGUCCUAUUGCUGGAGAGAGGGGUAGGUCACCAUUAGCAUAUGCGGCAAUAAAGGGACAUAAGACUGUAGUCAAACUCCUGCUUGCUCAACCCGAUACAAUCCCAGAUAUCAAGUCAGGGUUUCAUUUCAAAUGGGCAGGUCGAACACCGCUAUCAUAUGCAGCAGAGUAUGGGCAUGAGGUGGUAAUAAAGCUGUUGCUUGCCCAGCCAAGGGUUGAUCCUAACUCUAAAGCUACUGGUGAUUAUGAUCAUGGAAAAACACCACUAUCAUAUGCAGCAGGAAAUGGACACAAAUCAAUAGUUGGGCUACUGCUUAAAGUGACAAGAGAUGAACCAAUGUAUUAUACAACGUUCAAAGAUGCUUGGGAUGACCACAGGGUAGCAGAGACACCAUUAUCAUUAGCUGCCAAGCGUGGCCAUGAGUCUGUAGUGAAAGCCGUGUUUGCUCUACCGGGUAUGGACCCAGAUCAUAGUUUCCAUUAUGGGGUAGACGGUGGACGGACUCAACUGUUAUAUGCAGCAGAGAAGGGACAUGAGGCAGUAGUCAAGCUACUUCUUGCCCAACCAGGCGUGCAAAUAGAUUCGAAGGCUACUGGUACGUAUUUCUCUAGCAGAACACCACUAUCAUUUGCAGCUGAGAAUGGCCACGUGGAGGUAGUAAAGAUACUACUCAACAAUGGUGUCAAUGUUAUGUCUAAGGAUGUCGACAGCCAGACUCCUCUUUCAAGGGCAAAAACGGAAGAUGUGAAGCAGCUGCUUUUGGAGAAGGUGUCCAGUCGAAGGCAGUCAUCCAGGCCAGAGAACUGA